UUUUUUCUUUACGAUUUACGAAUCGGAUUAGUGGAAACGAUUACGCACGUUUUAAACGAGUAGAUAAAUCCGCGGAAUUCGGCUACAAAAAACACAUAGAUUUCGAUAAUAUAUAUAUAUAUACACACCGACAUAUACAAUAUUGUAUGAAUUAGUAAAGUAGGGGGUUUGGAGAAUAGAUGGAAAAUAUGGCGGAGGCGGCGGUGAAGGAGCUGAGAUCCACCGUGAGCAGCGGCAAGACGAAGAGUUACGAGUGGCGGAUUUCGCAGUUGAAAGCGAUUCUGAAAAUAGUAACUCAUCACGAAAACGAAAUUAUCGAAGCUUUACGUUCUGACCUAAAUAAACCCGAACAUGAAGCUUUUAUUCAUGAGAUUUUUUCGGUAGCAUCGUCGUGCAAAUUGGCAUUGAAGGAAUUACGGCGAUGGAUGAAACCACAAAAAGUGAAAACCGGAAUGCUUACUUUUCCGUCAUCAGGCGAAAUAGUGCCGGAGCCGUUGGGUGUUGUAUUAGUUAUAUCAACAUGGAACUAUCCUUUCUUGAUAGCGGUGGAUCCAGUGAUUGGAGCUAUUGCAGCUGGUAAUGCUGUAGUAUUAAAGCCAUCGGAGGUCGCCCCCGCCACGUCAGCAUUGCUUUCCAAACUUCUUGGAGAGUACCUUGAUACCUCUGCUGUCAAAGUUAUCGAGGGUGCUGUGCGUGAAACCACCGAAUUGCUGGCCCAAAAAUGGGAUAAAAUAAUGUAUACAGGGAAUGGCAGAGUGGCACGUAUUGUAUUAGCUGCUGCUGCGAAGCAUCUUACUCCUGUAAUUUUGGAGCUUGGUGGGAAAUGUCCUGCCGUGGUUGAUGCAAAUAUCAACUUGAAAGUGACAGCAAGACGAAUAAUUUCAGGCAAGUGGGGAUGUAACAAUGGACAAACUUGUAUUUCCCCCGAUUAUAUAUUAACUACCAAAGAGUAUGCUCCAAAAGUGGUAGAUGCUCUCGCAGCUGAGCUUGAGAAAUUCUAUGGAAAAGAUCCUCUUGGAUCGAACGAUUUAUCGAGAAUUGUAAACAUUCAUCAUUUCGACCGCUUGGAAAAAUUAAUGGACGAUGAAAAGGUUUCUGGUAAAAUUGUUCAUGGAGGUCAACGGGAUAAAACCAAUCUUAAGAUUGCUCCCACUAUUUUAUUGGACGUCGAAGAAGAUUCUCUGAUCAUGAACGAAGAAAUUUUCGGUCCUUUACUUCCCAUUGUAACGGUUAACAAAAUCGAGGAUAGUUUUGGAGCGAUUAAUGCUAAAGGGAAGCCACUUGCUGCAUAUCUCUUUACAAACGACAAAACGCUCAAGGAGGAGUUCGUAAGAAGCGUCUCUGCAGGAGCUAUCGCCAUUAACGAGACUGCUCUGCAUUUUAUGGAAGUAGGUUUGCCGUUUGGGGGUGUAGGAGAAAGUGGGAUGGGAUCUUACCAUGGUAAAUUCUCGUUCGAUGCUUUUAGUCACAAAAAGGCUGUCUUAAGACGAGGUUUCGGUGGAGAGGUUUCGGCUAGAUAUCCGCCUUACGCUCCUUGGAAAUUGCAAUUGCUCAAGGCACUUGUGAAAGGGAAUAUAAUUGAGAUUCUUCGAGCUUUGCUUGGUUGGUGAAUAUAGUAUAUUUGAUUUUAUUAUUUUAUAUUUAAAUGGAUGAAUGCUUUUCUGUAGUAGUAAUAAGUAUUGAAUGGCUUCCAUUUGUUCAUGGAUCUCAUUGUAUUGUUACUAUUAUGCAAUCGUAUAAGCUAAAACUUUAUAUAUUGGUUUGCCUCA